CUUAUCUUCUUCUUCCCAGCAAUCAUGGCGGCCAUGGCAGCCGUGCCAGGCCUCACGAUAUACAACCUCCCUACCUCGCCUCCCAACUGGGAUCGCGUGGGGGUGUUUUACAUCUCACUUUGCGCCACAUGGACCGCUCUUUUACUUGCCGGCAUGGCAUUCUGCUGGUUUAACCGACGCAUACCCAUGCUCAGGGUCCGCGGCCUGCCGCUGUCAUUCACUGCCAUCGCGCUUCUCCAUGUCUACUGGAUCCUCGGCCAGAUAUCAUAUCCGAUUGGUGCGACGAUGCCGAUAAUCCUUGCCUACGAUGUUCAAUACUUCGGCAUGGGAAUCUACUUUCCUUUGGGCAUUGCCCUGUUCCAAGCCUCCAACCUUCGUUUCCUUCAUGUCGCCAAGAUGCAGAGACAGCAGUUUGUGCAUCCGGAACCCCGAACCGAUCGACGCUGUAAUGGCUCCGAUAGUUCAUGGCUGUGCCGUCUCAGAAAUCUCUAUUAUAUGAAGAGGGCGUUUCUUUUUAUCGGAAUUGGAAUGGUCUUGCAGUUCAUUCUCUCCGUCUGCAUGUGGCUUGCUUGCGCAAAGUAUCAUCCAACAUACGGUAUUCCUGGGACGGAACUCCAUGGCUCGACCAUCCCAGAGCAGGUCUUGUAUCUAGGUCGAGGAUGGGAAUGGUGGCCGACAGUGUUGUGGCAAGCCAUCUGGACAUGGAUUGCAGCACCGAUGCUUAUUUGGAAAGCCUGGGGAAUCCGUGAUACGAUGGGAUGGCGCACUCAAACCAUCGCCUGCUGCAUCUCGAGUCUUCAUGCCACCCCGAUGUUCCUAAUCGCAUCAUACGUCCCCGCAUUUGCAAAAGUAAAUGCAUAUUUCACACCGAGUCAAUGGAUCCACGUCUCAAUCAUGAUGUUCGAAAUCUUCACCGUAUUCGUCCCCAUCUUCGAAGUCAUCAAGCUCUGGAUCCUAAGCAAAAAGACAACCCAAUCAAUAACCAACUACACCUCUCCAUCCCCCUCAUCCAUCCAAUUCCAAACCCCUCCUUCACCAGACACCAAACCCCCCCCCCCCCCAUCAUCAUCAUCCCUCGCCGAAAAAGGCCAAAUAAUUGAAAUCCUCCAUGACUCCACCACCAGCAACCGCCUCCACACAAUGGACGGCCUCGAACAAACCCUCCAAACAAACUCCACCCACCUCCAAGAAUUCGCCGCAUUGAGCGAAUUCUCCGGCGAAAAUAUCGCCUUCCUCCGCGAAGUCGCAAAAUGGAAAUCCAGCUGGCCCGAGACCCUCAACCCCAACGAUGAGCAGCAAAUGAUCGGUGCAUUCAACCAGGCAUUACGGAUCUACGCGGCCUUUAUCAGCGCCCACGAUGCCGAGUUCCCCUUGAACAUCUCCUCGCAGAGUCUCAAGCAGAUGGAGGCGAUUUUUGAAAAGCCGGCGCGGAUUCUGUUUGGCGAGAAAGUCGUGAAUCCUACGGCGCCUUUUGAUCACCCGUUUGCGUCUUCGUCCAACGGUGCCCUUGAUAUCCGGGCUAAUUACACGGGGAAGAUCCCUGAGGGCUUCGAUAUGGGUAUUUUGGAUCCGAUUCAGGAUCACGUCAAGAUAUUGGUUUUAACCAAUACGUGGCCGAAGUUUGUUGAGUCGAUGCGUCGUCGUUCGAUCGAUUCACAGGAUACGGGUGCGUAUUCGUGGACUGGGUCGGAGAGGAGUUUUAGGAGUUGGAUUUCGGAGAAGAGGGUGAAGCUUCGAUCUCUCCUUUAA